AUGGCCGCCAGCGGACCAACUGCUUGGUUCCAAACAUUAGUUAAUAUAAAGCCUAAAUCCCGCGGAGUUCAUAUCAUAACGGACGAAAUAGAAAGUAUACCGGAACUAAAGAAGUACAAGAUCGGACUGGCUCAUUUAUUGUUGCAACAUACAUCUGCAAGCAUAUGCGUGAAUGAAUGUUGGGAUUCCUCUGUCCGUAAGGAUAUGGAGAUGAUGCUUAAUCGUCUAGUUCCAGAAAGUGGUCCACCAUAUAAACACACUAUUGAGGGACCGGAUGAUAUGCCAGGACAUGUCAAAACAGCUCUUGUAGGACCAAGUGUAACACUUCCAAUAACAAAUGGAAAAUUGAAUCUUGGAACAUGGCAGGGAAUUUGGCUUUGUGAACAUCGGAAUCAUGCAGGGUCAAGAAAGAUUGUGGUGACUCUCCAAGGGGUGCAAUAG